AUGCGGUUAUUAUUGGCAGUUCCUCGGUUAGUACCACGAACGACUAGUUUCGGAUUUAGUAGAGGGAAGGCAUCUGCAAACUGGCCCCUUAAGAAGCCACGAUCAUAUCGCAGGCGUUUGUACGAUGCGGCACUCGAACCUAUGGUACCGAAAGUUCAAAGUGUGUGCCCUUCGUUUAAGGAAGUGAACGAUUAUUUCAAGGAUUUGAAAUCUUCCUUUGAUAUGGCAUUAGUGAAACACAUUCGGAAUAUAAUCAGGAGCGAAGGUUAUCAAGUUAUGGGGAUUUGUCACAGACUUGCUGUUAAACAGCGCACUGAAUGGCUGUUACAUUUUCGAUUACGACUGAAAGGUCUCGAUGCUCGGGAUUAUGGGAACAGAAUCAUGAGAAAAGUAUUUGAAGAUACACCCUUGAAGUCACUGAAUGAUACAAUAUUUGUAGCCGCCAACUGUCAGAUUUUUGGUAAAGAUAUUAACGCGAUUAAAACAAUUAUCACUGAAUGCAGAAAUAUUGACUGGCUAAUACCAAUAGGUAAUUUAUUUGAUAUUUCUGUCAGUGUUACCGUUGAAGAACUGUGUAAAUUGCCAUCAUUAGAAGAUCAUCGCGCGCAAACAAUACAAUUGUUGUCACUGCCGUCUAGCGAAUUUAUUUCGACUAUAAGUUAUCACAUGCUCCACCUCAUUAGCACACUUAACUGCAUAGGGAAUAAAAAGUCCUCACCUUAA